UUAAUUGCUUCUCUUUUUUUUUCUAAGGAGAGAGAGAGGAGGGGAGGAGAGGGGAGGGAGAGAGUUGUUUCUAUAAAACUUGCCAAAGGAAUUUGGAAGGACAAACCCUAGGGUGGGAGGGUAGAUUGUGAUUUUAUUUUUGGAAGAGAAAGAGAUUUCCCGUGCCUCUUUCUCAGUGUAAGAUGCUGGGACAGUAACUUCCCUUAGAAGCCUGGAUGCUUGGUCCAGCAUGGCUGUUUAUGCCCUCACAGGUUUCUCACUGGUCAGCCUGCUUAGUUUUGGCUACUUGUCCUGGGAUUGGAUGAAGCCCAGUUUGGUGACAGAUGUUUCCAUGGAGAAAUCGCUCUCUUCUUCCUUCUCCAGAUCACCUCACAUCAUCUUCAUUCUGACUGAUGACCAGGGGUACCAUGACAUCGGGUACCAUGGCUCAGACAUACAGACACCAAUGCUAGACAGGCUCGCAGCCGAAGGGGUUAAGCUGGAGAAUUAUUACAUCCAGCCCAUCUGUACCCCAUCCAGGAGCCAACUUAUAACGGGCAGGUACCAAAUCCACACCGGCCUGCAGCACUCUAUCAUCCGGCCCCGGCAGCCCAACUGCUUGCCCCUGGAUCAGGUCACCUUGCCCCAAAAGCUGCAGGAAGCCGGCUACUCGACACACAUGGUGGGCAAGUGGCACCUUGGCUUCUACAAAAAGGAAUGCCUGCCCACCAGGCGAGGCUUCGACACCUUUCUGGGCUCCCUGACCGGCAACGUGGAUUACUACACCUACGACAACUGCGAUGGUCCUGGCGUCUGUGGCUACGACCUGCACGAAGGGGAGAACGUAGCGUGGGACCAGAGUGGGAAGUAUUCCACCCUCCUCUACGCCCAGCGUGUAAGCAAGAUCCUGGCCACCCAUAACCCCAAGGAGCCCAUCUUUAUCUACGUGGCGUUCCAAGCUGUGCACACACCCUUGCAGUCCCCCAAGGAGUACAUCUACCGCUACCGCUCCAUGGGUAACGUGGCACGACGCAAAUACGCCGCCAUGGUGACGUGCAUGGACGAGGCCGUGCGGAACAUCACCUGGGCGCUCAAGAAAUAUGGCUACUAUGACAACAGUGUGGUCGUGUUCUCCACGGACAACGGCGGGCAGACUUUUUCGGGGGGGAGCAACUGGCCUCUGCGGGGCCGCAAAGGGACCUACUGGGAAGGUGGGGUCCGGGGCAUCGGCUUUGUGCACAGCCCCCUCCUCAAACGCAAGCGCAGGACCAGCCGGGCAUUGGUCCACAUAACAGAUUGGUACCCCACACUGGUGGCCCUGGCUGGGGGCAACGUAUCAGAAGCCGAGGGCCUGGACGGGUACAACGUGUGGCCGGCCAUCAGUGAGGGCAAAGAGUCCCCACGCACUGAAAUCCUACACAACAUCGACCCCCUCUACAACCACGCCAAGCAUGGCUCCUUGGAGGGUGGCUUCGGCAUCUGGAACACAGCUGUGCAGGCCUCCAUACGGGUGAGGGAAUGGAAGCUUCUGACCGGUGACCCUGGCUACAGCGACUGGAUCCCGCCUCAGAUGCUCACCAACUCCCGGCGGCUGACGGACAGCGUGCGCAAGUCCGUCUGGCUCUUCAACAUCACGGCCGACCCCUACGAGCGUGACGACCUUUCGGAACAGCGCCCAGACGUGGUGAGGGCUCUCUUGAAGAGGCUGGUCUACUACAACCGGACGGCGAUCCCCGUUCGGUACCCGGCCGAGAACCCCCGGGCCCACCCGGACUUGAACGGUGGUGCCUGGGGGCCGUGGGCCAGCGAGGAGGACGCGGAGGAUUGGGAGGGAGGUGGCGGGCUGCUGAAAAAUAAGAACAAGAAGAAGAAGUGCAAGAUCUGCAAGCUGCGCUCCUUUUUCCGGAAGCUGAACACCAGGCUGAUGUCAAAUCGCAUCUGAGGGGAGCAUCACAGAGCUCCAGGUGCAGCUGCUUGAGGAGGGGUGGUCCAAAGGGCCAGGACAACUGGAGAGGGUGAGGCAGAUGGCCACAGAGCAACUGCGCGCUCUCGCUUUUCCUCACACCAAUGGACACGCUCACAGGGCUGGUCACGCACAAAAGCCACCAGUUGUCUUUCCCUCCGGAUUCCCCAAUUUCUGCUCCUGGGGGAGCAAUCUGUCGGACUAGCCGUCUGUUCUGCGAGGAACAGGUGUCCAGACGGAGGGGGGCGAGGGAGCGCGAUGAGGGUUCUGCAGUUCUGGUGAGUGCCUGUUACAUCGGUCGCCGGUUAUCAAACUGUCUGGCCCGUUCAAGCCAGGGACCAGUUCAAACGCACCAUCCUGAGAGCAAAGCUUUAAACACAGAUCAAACCCAAGGUACUCAAAGCUGCAGAGGGAUGUUUUUGAGUGGUUUGUAAGAGAACAUAAGAAUGGCCAGACUGGGUCAGACCCAAGGUCCAUCUAGCCCAGCGUCCUGUCUUCCAACAGUGGCCAAUGCCAGAUGCCCCAGAAGGAAUGAAAAGAACAGGGGAU